ACUAUAGAUUUACUCGAAUACAAAAUUCGUCGCAACUGUGAAAAUAAAUUUCAUAAACGACUCGUUUCUAGUUUUGUUUUAUACUUUGUAAAAUUAUAAAUACAAAAGUAGAUUUCAAUAUUCAACAUGAAACUAACAAUUUCUGCAAUUUGUUUUAUUUUGUGUGUUAUUAUUAAUAAUUAUGAAUUGGUUUCUGCUGUUAGUGAUAGUUAUGAGAUUUAUGGUUUAAAAGAUAAAUGCGUAACUGGGGAAAAAAAAUCAUUGCUUUCAAAUGAAAUUAAAUAUUAUAAAUGUAAAGAUGGAUUUAGAAGAUUUUACAAUUUAGAAGAAGCAAGAAAGAUAUGUAUUAAAAUGAAUGAUGAUGGUUGGUUUGAUUGUUCUAAAUAUGAUCCUGAAGUUGGUUUAAAAAAAAUGGAAGAUAUUGAAGCGGAAUGUAUAGUGAAAAAAAGACGAAAGUUAUAUAUAUGUUAUGGAAGGGGCUUUGAAACAUAUACUAGCAAGAUGGAUGCACAAGAGAAAUGUAUUAAAAAAGGGGAUGAUGGUCUUUACUACUGCAACAUGCUAACAAAAAAUAAGUUAUUUAAACAACUAAGCGAAAUAAUUUAGAAAUGUGACAAGUCAUAAACAAUUCGACAGAAUGGCAAAAUAUCUUAACAGUUUUUGACAAAAAUACAGCUUCUAUCCCUAAGGCACAAAUAUGGCGUUUUUAGAUACCUGACGUCCGGGUUAAAAAAAUGACUAUGAUAAUAAAACUAAAAAAAAAAAAUAUAUUUGUUAUAGCAAUCUGAAAAAAUGUUUGUUAAUUGGAAUUUAAAUAAAAUGAUUCAA